AUGCUACGACAAGGAGGAUGGGCAGCACUGAACAGUGUCUUCAUUCUCCUCCCGCCUGUCUUGAUUAGGGCUAUUCUUCAACACCUCGAAUACCCCGAUACUAUUUUGAAGAGUACGGCUUGGCUCUGCGCUGGUGGUAUUCUCGUGGCUGGUGCUGUUUCCAGCAUCGCUGGUAGUCAAUGUGACUGGAUGGGCAAUCGCAUGACAGCUAAAUUACGAGCCAUCUUGAUAAAUGAGAUUUACGAGAAAUCGCUUCGCAAAAAGAUGACACCAAAUUCGGCAUCUGAAGGUGAACUGCAUACUGAAACACAAAAUCAUGCUACGGAUGGCAAUAUCCUCAACCUCAUGUCAGUCGACGUCGAACACGUCAGUGAGAUGAGCGGAACUCUCUAUCUGAUUUGGGUAAUCUUCCCCGUUCAAACAACUCUGGGAACAUGGCUUCUCUACAGAAUUCUAGGGACAAGUGGUGUUUUAGGCGUUUUGUGUAUGGUAUGCCUACUACCACUGAAUUUCAUCAUAUCGCAGCAAGUGAUGAAGGUACAAGCAAAGUUAUUAAAGGCUAGCGACUCAAGAAUCCAGACCGGAAAUGAAAUCCUCAACAAUAUUCAUACAGUAAAGUACUCAGCGUGGGAAACUCAUUUUCAAAACCGGGUGAUGCAAAAGCGUAAACUAGAGCUUGACGAGCUACGCUUCCGUUAUAUAUGGUGGUCAAUUAAUGCAACUACGUUUCAUUCUCUGCCAUUUAUUGUCACGAUUAUAACGUGUUUCUUUUAUACUUUGGUAUGGGACAAUCCGCUGAAGACAUCUAUUGCGUUUCCUGCUCUGGCUAUUUUCGGUAUCAUUCGAAUUCCUUUGGAUCGAAUGGCUGCAUCAAUUACAUUUUUGCUUCAAGCACAUGUUUCCUUGGGUCGGAUUGACAAGUUCUUGCAAGAACGAGAGUCAUGGAAGAUCAACCAAGUCUCGAAGUCCGAACAGUUAGACUAUUUUGGUUUCGAUGAUGCCACACUUUCUUGGCCAACGAGAGUAUCGAUAUCUGCAAUGCAGGCAAAUGAUCCAGACAGAAGGAGAGGAACCGACAUUCCGCUAGAUGACGUCUUAUUUAGCGGCAUCGGCCCGUUUCGGUUGAAGAACCUGAACAUUCAGUUCAAACCAGAAUCUUUGAAUAUAGUAUGUGGACCAAGUGGUUCUGGAAAGUCUUCCCUAUUGCUUGCCCUGCUCGGUGAAAUGGACCUUAUCAAUGGUCAAGUAAGGCUACCACAGAUAUCAUACGAAAGGGUCGGCAACCCAACAACCGGCUUCACUGAUGCCAUAGCAUAUUGCCCACAGGAGCCUUGGAUAAUGAACGAAAGUAUACGCUCGAAUAUUAUUUUUAACAUGCCAUUCGAAAGUGAACGUUAUGCAGCAGUGCUUGAUGCAGUUGCACUGUUUCCUGAUAUCAGAUCACUAGAUCARGGUGAUCAGACUCAUUGCGGGGAAAACGGGGCCCGCCUAUCUGGUGGCCAGAAACAACGAGUUGCGUUAGGACGUGCGCUUUAUAGCAGAUGCAGAUAUGCUCUUCUCGAUGACUGUCUCAGUGCACUAGACUCUCACACUGCGAGUUAUAUCUUCUUCCGUGCCGUAAAGGGACCCUUGAUGAAAGGGAGAACUUGUAUUUUGGCCACCCACAACACGCAGUUGACUAUACCACACAGUCACUACGUUGUUUCGUUAGACAGCGGUCAUGUAAAGGGCCAAGGUUCUCCGGAAGAACUCGUCCGGUCUGGAAUUCUGGAUGCUAAUAUGCUCGAAAGCAAAGCAGAAAGCCCAAUGUCGAGUUCUACCAUCACAAAUAUUGGUACCCCUACACUGGACUAUGCUGCGAAACCCUCACUAGAUACGGACUCACUAGAUGGAAUAUCACUCGCAGAAUCAGAUGAGAAAGAGACAUACAAAGAGCAGAAGGCAGAGGGCGCAGUUUCAUCAUAUGUUAUUUGGAGCUACCUCACUGCCAUGGGUAGCAGAUUGUUCCUGGUAAUUGUCUUGGGCUUUUUUGCGUUGCAACAGAUUGCCUCGCUGGGGACAACCAUAUGGAUCAAGGAAUGGGCACUACAAUCUGACUUAGUGCAGGAUCUAGGAGAAGAUAAAGCGGGGAAUUUGCACGUCCAAGAUUCAGAAGGCCCUAAUGAGAUUGUGAAAAUCAAUCCCUGGUUCUACAUAACAGUAUAUACCGGUCUCUGUGGUUUAUAUGCAUUGAUAACGAUUGUACGAGAUCUCAUCACAUUCCACGGCUCGCUGAAAGCAUCAUUCGCCUUAUUCGAACAACUGCUGAAUUCAGUGCUUCACGCAAAACUCCACUUCUUCGACAGGGUGCCCCUGGGACAGAUCACUAAUCGAUUUUCUAAAGAUGUCGAGGCAACGGACCAAGUCAUACCGGGGUUCGCAAUCAGCGCUUUACAGCUGGUCGCAACAAUAACAAUGGUGGUUGUGUUCAUAUCAGUAGUGCUUCCAGCUUUCCUCGUCGUCGCGUUAUUCAUUUGCGUGGCGUACUACUUCGUGCUGGGGGUCUAUAUUAAUGCAGCCCGGGAUUUGAAACGAAUCGAGGCUAUACAAAGGUCUCCAUUAUUUCAACAAUUCGGCGAAACAUUGUCCGGCUACAUCAGUAUUCGAGCGUAUCAUCAAACAUCGAGUUUCACCGCUCAAAAUCGGAAGCUCAUUGAUAGACUCAAUCAAACAUAUUUACUUCAAUGCGCGGGUAAAGAAUGGCUUACGUUUCGAGUCACGCUUUUGGGAUCUUUGAUAUCCUUCUCCACGGCUGCUUUUGUGCUGUGGAGCCCUAGAUCAAUUGAUUUUGGUAGCGCAGGCUUGGUUCUUACCUAUUCUACGACAUUCACGGAGAAUAUUAUGUGGUUUGUCCAGGUGUAUGCUUUCAUACAACAAAACUUGAACUCGGUGGACCGAAUACUGGAAUACAGCAAGAUUGAGCAAGAAAACUAUUUGCCAAGAUCAACGGCUACUUACGAUAUGCCUUCAGACUGGCCAUCACAAGGAGGAAUACGAUUUAAUAAUUAUACAACACGAUACUCAUCAGAUCUCAAUCCUGCAUUGAGCCAAGUCAGUUUCGAGGCAAAGCCAGGACAGCGAAUUGGUAUCGUAGGACGUACCGGUGCCGGGAAAAGCACUUUGACACUGGCAUUGCUACGUUGCCUCGAAGCGGAAAGUGGCCGCAUAGAGAUUGAUGGUGUUGAUAUCAGUACCUUGCCACUCGAAAAGCUCCGUCAAGCUGUUGCUAUUGUGCCUCAAAAUCCAGAGAUUUUCGACGGUACGAUUCGCGAGAAUGUUGAUCCUUUGCAACGUUACACAGAUGAUGAAGUGAUUUCAGCGCUUAAUCAGGUUCGCCUUUAUGAGCAGCUCAAUAGAAUGAGUACAGGACCAACUGUGAGCUGCCUAGACCGUGCCGCAGACGUCUUGUCGCUAGGUCAACGCCAGUUAUUAUGCAUCGCGCGUGCACUCUUGCGUCGCUCAAGGAUUCUCGUUCUGGACGAAGCAACGGCUUCAAUCGACCAUGAUACCGAUGCCGCGAUACAAGCAAGCCUGGAAGAAAGUGUGCGGAACGAAACGACUGUCUUGACGAUUGCUCAUAGACUGCGGACGAUCGCUGACUAUGAUCAUAUUGUGGUUUUAGAUUCUGGUCGAAUUGUUGAGCAGGGUUCUGUGAAAACUCUCCUCGCUGGGAAUUAUGAAAGUUCCGUUUUUCGUCGAAUGUGUGAAGAGUCUGGUGAUCUAGAGGCAGUGUUGAUAGACUAA